CCUGAACUAGUGCCUAAUUUUAUCCCAGUUGCAACUCAUAGCAGGAUGAAGAACCCAAAUAUGCUUGGAUCAUGAUCUAGUGGAGAUAGAAGUCGAAAAUAAGCUAAAAAUAGAAGAUAAUAUCAAAACCCAAGGAUAUUUAAUGAGCAGUUACUCAAGCAAUAAAAGCUCUAAUGAAAGACCCUUAGAGAAUGUGAAGAUCGGAAAACUAGGCUCUUCCUUUAGAUCGAAAGACAACAACAAUGAUACCCUAGGAGUAACACAAGUUAUGAUAGAAACUUCUUUGGGUCCUCCUAUAAUCCCUUCAGAUCCAAAGAUGCCUUUAACUAAUUAAAUUCGAUGACCAAGAUCUCUCUGAAAAAUCAGAAUCUAUAUCGUCUGCUGAUUUCUGUAGAGAACAGUCAAUCUCUUCAAUUUCAAGUUCCAAAAAUAUUAGAAAAUCAUCAAAUUCAGGAAUGGGUUCAUCAAAAGUAGCUCAAACGAAAAUGCAGAAGAAGUCAUCUAGAGAUAAAUCCUCUCCUCAUCCAAAGAAGCAAAAGGGGAAAAAGUCAUCUUCAAAACCAAGGGUAAAGGAUAGAUUUAAAAGGAUUUCUACAAAGAAAAGGAGCAAAGAGAAAACAAAAAUCAAAGAUAUUAGAGAAACUAAUCUGCCAGGGCAAUACAUGAUAAAGAUAGGGAACUUAAAGACUGAAUCUGAUAACAGUCCUACAAGAAUUGGUAUCCCUCAGGAUGCUUUGAGUGAUAAUCCAAAUAUUACCAUAAAUUUACCGAAUCCUCGGCUUGAAAACAAGCGAGGAUCUGUGGUCCAACAUCAGCAUCCAGGGCAGUUUUAUGAUACUCAUAAAAGCACAUUGGCGCCCUUUGACCCGAAUAAGAGUGAGGGAUCGCUUGAAGAGGAGGAUUUUAAAUCUCAGACUAUAUUCUUACAACCACUUGACGACAUCGGAAAUACCUGUGUGCAAGAAGACUCAGAUGAAAGCAAUAUUAGCAUGAGUAAAUCUGAUAAUAAAAGAAGUGGCAGCUCUGAUCCUGAGAAAAGUGUCUUCUCUAGUAAUGAACGCAGGCUGAUAUCACCUAAUAAGCUAUACGGUGACAAAAAGUUUUUUAAAAAUGAAAGCCGCCAUAAUGAGCGAGGUCAUAAUAAGGAAUGUAAAACUUCAAAGUUCCAAAAAUUAUACCAAAGACUCAAACUCCAUAAAAUGAUAGAAGACCAGAAGAGAAAAGUUGAAAGGAUAAAAUGAAGAAUUCCAGGCAAGAUAAGGAAGGAAUUUAAUUAUGAACAGUUCAUGUUACCUCAAAGUCGAAGAACAAGCGCUCGAUCAAUAAGAUUGUUUGAAAACAAGAAUCCUAAAGAUACUUUUUACAAGAAAAAUCAUAAAAGAAUUUUAGCCAGAAAUAACAGAACUGUAAGGAUCAAAAGAAGGGAUAAUCAUCAGAAAACAGUUCUUGCCAUGUCACCUCGAACUUCCAAGGCAAAAAUAAAAUCAAGCAAAAGAGAUUUUUCAGAAGAGAACCCUAAAUUUGUCAAAAGAUUGCUAUCUAGAUAUGAAAAAUCUAGAAAUAACACUGUGAGAAAAUUUGAAACCGAAGCACUAGAUUUUAUGAUGAAAAAUCUUGAUACCGUUGAUCACCAAUGAGAGCAAGAUGAACACAAAAAUAUUAUAAGAGAUCGAUUUAGAACUUUCCUUAAUCCAAUGAAAAAGAUAAAAGAAAGAAGUUAUAAGAAUAGUAUUUAUAAGAAAAUUAAGGAUAAUCAGAUUUUCAAAGAUUUGAAAGUUACUUCAGACAUAAUUAGGUUUAAAAGUCCUGACCCAAAGUUGAAGACACUUAUCUCUUCUGUAAUUCCAUCAAGAGAUGCUCACAAUAAAAGUCCAACAAAGCAAAGCAGUAACAAAAAGAUCAGAAGAUCAAUUCCGAAGAAGAAUCAUAAAACUGUGAGAUUUGGCCCAACCAAAAAUCCAAGAACUCCUUUUGAUAAACUAUCUAAGUUUACAUAAUCGUCUUUAUUUUUCUGAG